UAUGAGUCAUGGUAAGAAAUUUAAUUAAAAAUAUAUAAUUUUUUGGUUUUGAAAUACUGUUUUUCUUAGAAACUAGGAUUGUUGAAGAAAUUUCAAGCCUGAAGGCUUAUGUUGAAAGAGAAAUGGCAUGUCAAAGAAAUGCCGUCACCCGACUUAUGGAGGAAGUUUUAACUAUUAAAAAUGAACUUAGAAGAUUUAACAAGGAGCGAGCAAGGGAUUUGGAAAGUUCUUCACACUUUACAGCAUUCCCGUUACACAAUGUAGAACAAAUAAAUAAUUUUGAAGAACAAAUAUGUAAAGAAGAAUCAAUGCAAAUUCAACUUAAAACAUUUCUUAAACGAAUAGGCGGAGAGGAUGUCGCAUCUUUUACCAGAUACUCAUUAAAAAAAAUUAUAACAGACGAAUGUGCCACAUAUUUUACGUGGACAGGAUGUAAAGAGAAGCCUGCAAUUCAGAAUUAUACUUUUAUACGCAUAAUUAAAGAUACGUGCUAUUCUCUUUACCCUAAUACCAACGAAAAGCAGAUUAAUGUAAUAAUGCAAAGACACUUCCUCCACGCUAAAGAUAGAAUGGAAAAAAGAAAAAAAAACAAAAAUUAUGGCUAAUUAACAUACUAAGUUCUGUUACUAUUUAUUGUGUUAAUCUUAUUUAAUAAAUUAAAAUCUUAAAAA